CAAAUCACAGCUCUCGGUGGGCGGGACCGCGUCAGUGACGUCGGCGGCAAUCAGCGGUUGCUGGCUGGGGCAGUUAGAGCAGCAGCAGCCGCCGAGAGGAGCGAGCUACCAUGGUCCUCAUCAAGGAGUACCGUGUGGUUUUACCCUGUAGUGUUGAGGAGUAUCAAGUGGGUCAGCUGUUCUCCGUGGCUGAAGCAAGUAAAAAUGAGACGGGUGGCGGCGAGGGCAUCGAGGUCCUCAAGAACGAGCCCUACGAAAAAGACGGAGAAAAAGGACAGUACACGCACAAAAUCUACCACCUAGCAAGUAAAGUCCCGCUGUUUGUCAAGGUGUUCGCCCCUGAAGGCUCCCUUGUAUUUCAUGAAAAAGCCUGGAAUGCCUACCCCUACUGCAGAACCAUUGUGACGAACGAUUAUAUGAAAGACAGUUUCUUCAUUAAGAUCGAGACGUGGCACAAACCAGACCUUGGAACACAAGAAAAUGUGCACCAGCUAGACAGCUACACGUGGAAGAGUGUAUCUGUUGUGCCCAUUGACAUUGCAGACAGGAGUCAAGCGUCCGCUUCUGACUACAAGCCCGACGAGGACCCGGCCAUCUUCAAGUCAGAAAAGACCGGCAGAGGACCCCUCGGGCCCAACUGGAAGAAAGAGCUGGUGAAUAAGACUGACUGCCCGAAGAUGUGCGCCUACAAACUGGUCACAGUCAAGUUCAAGUGGUGGGGCCUGCAGACCAAAGUGGAGAACUUCAUCCAUGAACAAGAGAAAAGGAUCUUCACGAACUUCCACCGCCAGCUCUUCUGUUGGAUCGAUAAGUGGGUGGACCUGACUAUGGAUGACAUCCGGCGGAUGGAGGCGGAGACAAAGAAGGAGCUCGAAGAGAUGCUUAAGAAGGGCUCUGUGCAAGGUACAAAGGCUGCAGACGAGUAGCCAGGACAGAUCUCCGCAGACGUGGCGAAGUACGAGGAACCAGCGCUGCAGACGAAUGAGAACGGCAAAGGAUUUUAAACACCCACGAUGACAGCAGCCAUGGAGACUAAGAGGGGCUGCUAAGAGGGCCUUCUUUGGUGCCAUUUCUUUUUUUUUUCUUUUUCUCUUUUACCUGAAACCAUUCCGGCUGUGGAGGAGGAGAAGGAGGAGGGAGCCUCUGCUACCUGCAAAUCAAUAGAGCAGAUCCCUUGACUUGCACCCAAUCAUAGACAUUCUAUACACUAAGGAAUUGAUUUUUAGAAACCGACACGAUCCUAGCUGAUAAGACUAAUUUUGAUCUCCCGGGCCGAGGAAGGCCAAGCUAUAUCAGCAUCAUGUUAUCGACGAGCCUUCUGGAGAGAUACGAAGAGGAGCUACUUGCAGCCGAGAUAAUUUAGUACAGAAAGCAAAUUCAUUGGCUUGAUUCCACAGCUGCAAGUAUCAGACCAAAUAUUAUUUUGAUUAUCCUUUUUUUUGCGUUAUCUCCGAAACAUUCCUCUCAAGACGAUGCCCCGGCUGACCUCUCUUUGUCUCCUCCUUGGUUUUAACUGUACACACUGUGGCUCUGUGGUUUGCAUUCCCCAGCAUGAGUCUGUUUGUCAUACUCAUGUUCCUUCCUGCCACAGCCUCCAUUAAGAGAUUACUAACAGCCUUGGCGCCUUGGCCCAUUGUAAUCCUUACCCCCCCCUCCCCUCCCUCCCUCACCUUACCCAAAGCACUGCAUCUUAUUAACACUGACAAUCAUGUCCGUACAGGUAUUCACUCUCACUCUCGUACCAUUUAAUAGAAACUCCCACCCACACACACACGUAUAUAUGCAUGUGCCACAUAUACAUCACGCACAUGAGGACAAACAUGUGAAAUCAUCCACUCGCAGGUGUGGAUGCCUUUGCGGUGACUGAUCUCUUAAAAGCUCAAGCUGGGCAGAUCCAUGCAAGCUCGUUCAGCUAAAGGAUGUUACUUUGAAAGUGUUUACAGCUCUCACUGACACACACACACACACACCCUAUUCUGAAGACAGUCACACAUAACAUAUAACACAGCAUUCACCUCCUUAACAGAUGUCCCCAGAGAAAGAAGGGGAGGAAAAAAAAAACACACACUGCACUGAAAAACAGCUACAGAUGGUGCUACACCCCUCCAGCCUCUGUCACAAGCCAAACUGCACCGCACCACACCACACCGCUCCACCUCCCCUCACCCAGCCCACCCCAGAGGCCCGUCUCACUCAUCUGGUUCUCCCGGGGUGGACUGUUUUCUUUCUGCGUCAUUCUAGGUGUGUUUACAGAUUCAUAACAGCCUCACCAGUCAGUGCCCAGUCGACACCAGCACCACACACUGCUUGCCUUAAUUUUUUUUUUUACCUGUUGUACCUCUGCUGCCAGCUUAUCGCUCUAGCUACCUCCCUCGUUGUUUCUGACUGGCAAACUUUUUUUUUCCUGACACCAAAUGGUUAGCAUUAGAUAUUAGCUGCUACUUGUUAGGAGUAAACCACGGCGGACAGAGAGAAAACAAGUUGUUUGUGUUUGUGACUUUUGUCUUUUUCCUCGCAUGUGAUUCCCUUCAUGUUUUCCUGACACGUGUCACAGCGCCUGAGCAAGUGCAAUCCCUUCAGCAAAGCAAAAAUGUGUACGUCGCAGCCAGAACAGCCCGUACAGUGUUGUGUUGUUGUUGUUCCCGCAAAAUAAAGGCUGCAGUUUAUUUUUACAUCUUUGCCUCAGAUCAGCCGUUUUGAUGGAUAUGCCAUAUUAAUGACUUUUCAACUCCAUAGUUGCACUUUCUCGCCUUAGGCUUCACAAUCAUGUGGCACUGGCCUACAGUGUUACUCUCUAGUGUUACAAACUUAUAUAUAGUACAAGUGGUUUUCCUCAUUUGAUCCUUACAUGUGGGUUUUUUGUGUUGUUUCAAUGUCUUAAAUUGUGCAACAGGAAUUUGGGGGUUUUUUUUGUUUUCAGAGCUCUAUUUUCCUUUUCAAGACAUUUGUAAUGAAAUACUCUGUUCAAAGAUCCUGAUGUUUUUAUUUUCUGUUAACUGUAUGAGGGAAUGCGAUCGCUUCCUCAGUAAUGGGUCAUUGGUCUGUCCAAAGAGCGUGCAUGGAUUUCUGAUGUGUUUACGUGACUUCAGCGGUGGUGAUAUAGGAAAAUUGGGAGGCAACAUUUUUAUUAUUUUUUUCAUAACAGAAUCUUCUCAGGUAAACAAAAUGACACGAGGAUAUUUUUGAUAUUGUUACUCAUCAGUUGCCCCAAAACAGCAGGCUGCCUUUUACUGUACUUUAUCCUUUUCUGUGGGGGGAAAAAAAUCCAGUUUGUACAUGAUUGGAAGUGUUUGUAACGCUCUGUUCUGUCGUCACGUGAGACGAACAGUCGACUUUAAUACUGUACUGGGAUUGUGUUCGUACAUCUCCGAGAGAGAAACGAGUGAAACAAUCGGUGUAAUCAAUGUUUCCAAGUCUAUCUUAAUGAUUCCUGCUGUCUGUUGAAUAGAGGACCCGGUGGCUGAAGAGAACAACUUGAAUCAAUGGGUCACCAUCUGUUAAGACGAUGAUACGGGGGAGAGGAAGUAUUCACAAAGCAACUGUACAGUCUUAACCUAAUUUAUGAAAUCUACAACUGUUUAAUUUCUGAACCGGCUGCUUUUUUAAAUGUCUGAUCAGCUUAUGAAAUUCAGGGGACAUGGUAGUGAAUGUAUAACAUCUUGUGCCUUUUCUUUCUGUAGAUCUUUUUUUUUUUUCUUUGUGCCAUUAAAGUCUACAUAUUGUAUCGAAAUAUCAAAUAAAUUUUUGUCUGGAAAUAUU